GGCCUACGUUUUUUUUACCACUAGCCUGUGUAGGGAGUGGAGUAGCUAAAGAAAGAGAAACAAUGUACUGAUGGAGGGAUGGUGACACCGACCAAAACAUAAGUACCAUACUAGAUAUGGAUUAGACAAUAUAGUUUUUCUGACACAAGCCGCCCAUGUGUUGAGCAAAUUAGAAGCAAUUAUUAAGCGAACAAUGAUGCAAGGAAACAAAAAAAAAGGUUACGGCCGAUGAAACCAGGGGCAGAAAAUGUCUGAUACCUCUGGAAAGAUUAUCUGCUGCUGCUUUCUGCAUGUGCACUUUGACCAGCUUCGGAGCUUGGUCGCCUCGCUGGACCAAAUUCCAACUUCUCCUCGCUGGACAAGCGUCAUGCGAAGUUGCGAGCGACCAUCCGGCCAUGCCAGCCACCCCCUAGCAUCUUGCUAUAAACCAAGGCAUCAGAGUAGCUCCUGGCCCAUCAGAACGUAGCUAUCCUGUGAAUCCUCUGAGCUGUUCUUCGUGCCCCCUGUCUGUUGCCUCUUCGUUUCUACUCCAAGGCAACAAGCACCAACUGCCGGUCUGCCGCGCAGGCGCAAGAGCAACCGAUGGCGGCCGUCGAGGACAUCGUCAUCGCCGGCGCCGGGCUCGCCGGCCUCGCGACGGCACUCGGGUUACACAGGAAAGGGGUGAGGAGCCUGGUGCUGGAGUCGUCGCCGACGCUGCGCGCGUCGGGGUUCGCCUUCACGACAUGGACGAACGCCUUCCGCGCCCUCGAUGCCCUCGGCGUUGGGGACAAGAUCCGGGAGCACCAUUUGCUUUACGAGAGGAUGGUUACCUUCUCAGCUGCGACUGGUGAGGCUGCUGCAAAAGUAAGCCUAAAGAUGCAGGGGAAAAGCGGACCGCACGAAAUCCGUUGCGUGAAGCGGGACUUCUUGCUGCAGACGCUCGAGAACGAGCUGCCCAAGGGCACCAUCAGGUACUCGUCCAAGAUCGUCUCCAUCGAGGAAGACGGCAACGUCACUGUCCUGCACCUGGCUGACGGUUCCACCAUGAAAACCAAGGUUCUGAUUGGGUGCGACGGCGUGAACUCCGUGGUGGCGAAAUGGCUGGGGCUUCCCAAGCCGAUCCUCUCGGGGCGCUCCGCCACCAGGGGCCUCGCCGAGUACCCCGCCGGCCACGGCCACGGCCCCGAGAUCCUGCAGUUCAUCGGCCAGGGCUUCCGCUCCGGCGUGCUGCCCUGCUCCGACACCUCCGUCUACUGGAACUACACCUGGUACCCUUCCCCCGCCGACGGGGACGCCGAGGAGAGCGUGGCCAAGAUGCGGAGCUUCGUGCUGGCCAAGCUGCGCGCCGCCAAGAUCCCCGCCACGGUGCUGGGCGUGAUCGAGCGGAGCGAGAUGAGCGAGGUGGUGUCGUCGCCGCUGCGGUUCCGGUCGCCGCUCGCGCUCGUCCGGGGCAGCAUCAGCCGCGGCGGCAUCUGUGUCGCGGGCGACGCACUGCACCCGAUGACGCCCGAGCUCGGGCAGGGCGGGUGCGCGGCGCUCGAGGACGGCGUCGUCCUCGCCCGGUGUCUGGGCGACGCCUUCGCCGCCGGGGACGGCGGCCACAUGGCGGUCGCGGCGGCGCUGGGGAGGUACGCCGAGGCGAGGCGGUGGCGCAGCGUCCAGCUGAUCACUGCCGCCUACGUCGUCGGCUUCAUCCAGCAGAGCAACAAUGUGGUGGUCAAGUUCCUCAGGGACACCUUCCUGUCGCCGUUGCUGGCCAAGACGCUAGUCGCCAUGGCUGACUAUGACUGUGGGACCCUAUAAUUCUAUACCCUCCUGGAUAAGGGAAAAAUUAGGGCAAAAAUCAACACCGCCAUUACCCCCCACCCCCCCCCCCCCCCACCUCGGAAAGAGCAGCAAAAGUUUUGCUGCAUGUUUUGUUAGCGAGCUCUUUUACAAUGAUCGUAAAGUACCACUUUCGGUAAUUUUUACUA